CCGUGCCAGUUCGUGGACGUGAGGCAAGGGAUGAAUUUAACUCUCCGCUCGGCUAUUGCUAUUUUCUCAUUUAGAUUAUUCCAGCCGACGGCACUCGUUCACUCGCUAUUUGGUGGGAUCUGUGGUCGAAGGUAGGUAGGCAAGCCAACUUGCUUGCGAACGCCCACUGCCCAGAAUUCUCAUCUCAGCGGCACACCGCAAACACCGUCACCGUCAUUGCAUCAGUGUAGAUUCAGAUUCGUUCACGAGACGCACGGCACUAUUACGUACGCUGUGUCGGGUUCGUUUGUGACGCGUCUUUGAGAAGAUUUGCCCAUCCGAUUUUUACGCUUAAUCUUCGUUACCGAUAUCUCGAUUCCGGUCGGUGUCGGUCAGCCGAUACAACGAUGUCGAAAAAGUUGACCAAAUUUCAAAUCAUUCUCGACCGUGGCGCCUUGCUGUAUCUUCCCGGACAGGUGUUGUCCGGUCGUGUGCUGUUGGAAACGCAAGCCGAUACAGCCGUGCUCGGGCUACACUUUCACGUCCUGGGCGAGUGUACCGUCCAUGUGCCGAAGGGACGCCGGGAUAAAUCGUACGAUAAGGAGAACUACAUCGAUUUCCGCAUGAAGCUGCUGGAUGAUUUCGACAGUAAGCCUAUCCUGCUAUCACCCGGCAUACACUGCUUUCCAUUCAAGCUGGGACUGCCCGUAUCACUGCCAUCCACCUUUCUCGGUCGGCACGGUUGGGUGCAGUAUUACUGUAAAACAAGCCUCCAGGAAACGUCCGGAAUAACGCACAAAAAUCAGCAGGUGUUUAUCGUGCUGAAUCCCAUCGAUCUGAACCUGGAAGUGCCGAUCAUGAGCCGACCGCUCGAGGCAAACGUCGAUCAUCGCGUGGGUGUCGGUUACAUUGGUGGCGUGGUGCGCUGCAACGUGGGACUGGACAAGCGGGCGUACGUGCCGGGCGAGAGCAUUCUACUCACUGGCGAGGUUCACAACCGCACGAAUGUGACCGUGAAGCUGCUCAAGUAUGCGCUCAUCGAGACGGUGAAAUACUUUGUGCAUGGCCGGCUCGUGCACCAGGAGCGACGUGAGCUGGAUGCGGUUGUGCGUGAUAAGAUAAAGUCCGGCGGUAGAGAUGUGUUGCAGAAUGGCCAUCUAACGGUACCACCGUUACCACCCACCAAUCUGCUCGGAUGCCAUCUGAUCAAGGUGCAGUACAGCGUUUGUGUACUGAUUGAACCGAACCUGAUGGAGCGCCAGGAAGCCAUCCGGAUUCCGAUCACGCUCGGCACCUACCCGUUUCGGCGCGAUGAUGAAAAUCUCCAGGAGUGGGUUGACAACUACGUGCAGUAUCCAGCAGCAUUACCCGUCUCACGCGGUACCCCGUUUGAAGUGUUGCACUAGGCACUGCUGCGCCCGGUCACAGGAUAUGAGUCUGUCACUCGAGAUUAACGCUACUGAUCGAUGUGUGAGAUAUGGUCCUGGUGCAUGUGUGAGUCCCAUCCUAUCGGCACGGUGCAGCAAAAGGUGCUUGUGGUGUUGUUGAGUUUUCAAGCAAGAAAUACGACAUUAUUAAAUAGAGUUUGUACGCUGCGAAAAGACAUAAAUGAAUUACUAAUAAAAAUAAAUAAUACAAAAAAA